AUGCGCCUUCCAUCCAAGAGCCUGGAUCUCAUAUUGUGGGAGCUCGCGUUCGUAUCGCGAAUUAGGGAAAUGUCUUGGUGGUCGUUAACAAUACUUCUACAGACUCCUGUUGGAGAAAGUGACUGUACCGAAGCCAGUGCACAGGGUGCCUGGACCGAAGCCAGUGCACAGGAGAGCCCUCAACUGGUCACGGAUAUCGGCCAAGCUGGACGAACACCAGACACUGAUAGGAACACCAUCGCUACCGAUGAGUUUAUUAACGAUGGCGAGGAUGAUGUGUCCGGAAUGAUCAAUCUUGCCGUCUUGCUCAUGGCAGAAUGCAAGGCAGGGUUACCACUUUCAGAGCUAGAACAAGCCGUCUUCCUGUUUCGUCAAGUUGUAGAUAGCCGUCCAGGAGGACACCAACUCCACCGUGCUACGAAGAGAGAUCUCGCGUCCGCAUUGGGUGUCAAAUUCAUGUACACCAAUCAACGACAUGAUUUGAUGGAAUCUUUGACUCUUCGCAAUGAGAUAGUCAAGGGUUCGAUUUCAGACCAAGAGGCGAGCCCCGAGACCACCAUCCGACUAGAGGACAAGACGGACACAGAAGACACAUCAGAACUGGCGAAGGGAUUGUUGACGGACUUCCAGAAGUCAACUUCCCUUCACAUUCUGAACACCAUUGUCUUUCUUGCUCAACAGGCACUUGUGCAACUAUCAGCUGCAUCUACUAGCUGGUUCAUCACAUUGACGACUCUGGUUGAUGCAUUAUAUGCCCGCUUUAACCAUUCCUAUGAUCUGACUGACCUAAACGAAGCAAUUUCUAGUUUGCAAGAUGCUAGCAAAUGUUGCACGGAGCGAGAUCAGCAAGAAUCGAACAUAAACUUCCGGAUCUGUGGGCUGUUAGCAACACGAUUUGAUUUUAUGGGGGAUAUUUCUGAUCUUCAAAUGGCAUCGGAUUGGAUGAUCAAAGGCACUGAAACUUCCACAGGUCUUCUGGAAUUGCUUAAGUCUGCCAAUGAACUUUGUAAACAGUUCACAAGGUCAGGUAAUAUGGCUGACCUGAAUACAGCAGUGACACUUUUUAGGAAAGGGAUUGCAGAGCUACCUCAGGGAAGUGAGAAUUAUGCAGCUGCCAUCAAUAAUCUUGCAAAUGCACUGUUGACCCGAUUCAAGCAAGGAGGUCAACAAAGUGAUCUUGAUGAAGUCAUUUCUCUGCACAGGCAUGCUCUUGAGCUCUUCCUUCCACCCCAUCCCAAUCGAUCCAGCUCACUCAACAAUCUUGCUUCUGCACUGUCAACCCGAUUUGAACAAGAAGGUCAGCAAAGUGAUCUUGAUGAAGCCAUUUUGCUGCACAGGCAAGCUCUUGAGCUCUUUCAUCCAUCCCAUCCCCUUCGACCCAUCUUGCUCAACAAUCUUGCAGCUGCUCUGUUAACUCAAUUUCGGCAAGGAGGUCAUUCCUUCCACUCCAUCCCAAUCAAUCCCAGCAUGCUCAACAAUCUUGCUUCUGCACUGUUGACUCAAUUUGAGCAAGGAGGUCAGCAAAGUGAUCUUGAUGAUGCUAUUUAUCUGCACAGGCAAGCUCUCGAGCUCCAACUUCCACAUCCCAGUCGAUCCAACACACUCAACAAUCUUGCAAAUGCACUGUGGACCCGAUUUGGACAAGGAGGUCAGCAAAGUGAUCUCAAUGAAGCCGUUUCUCUGCACAGGCAAGCUCUUGAGCUCCGACUUCCACCUCAUUCCCUUCGAUCCAGCUCACUCCACAAUCUUGCUUCUGCACUGUCAAUCCGAUUUCUGCAAGAAGGUCAGCAAAGUGAUCUUGAUGAAGCCAUUUCUCUAUACAGGGAAGCUCUCAAGCUCUUCCUUCCACCCAACCCCCAUCGAUCUAGCUCACUCAACAAUCUUGCUUCUGCACUGUUAACCCGAUUUCGGCAAGGAGGUCAGCAAAGUGAUCUUGAUGAAGCCAUUUCUCUGCACAGGGAAGCUCUUGAGCUCUUCCACUCCAUCCCAAUCCCUUCGACCCAGCAUGCUCAACAAUCUUGCAAAUGCACUGUUGACUCAAUUUGA